AUGCAAGAAUUAAUUGUUAUUGUAAAAGGAUCGAUCAAAGACGAAGCCUUUGGACAACAUGUUUGGAGCAUUGUUGAUGUUGAAGAUGAAGUUCAUACUGAUUGUAUUGCAUUACGAAGUAUGUUAAUACGAACAAAUUUAAAUGAUUUACGUGACGUAACACAUACUAUUUAUUAUGAAAAUUAUUGUUAUAAAAAAUGGCAAAACAUUACAAACGUCUUCAAAGAUGAACGAAUUGAACCAGAAACAAGAGUAGAAGAAAUAUCUCGUGAUAUGGAAGCUGUUCAUCAAUCGAAAGUCACAGAAAAAUGA